AAAGUAAAAUUUAUGAGUUCACUAAAAUCUAGUUAGCUUUUAGUGAAGCUUAGUUAGCUUUUAGUCAAGUUAUAAGCAUAUAUCACAAAUUUAUCAAAUAUCUAUAACUAUUUAAUUAUAGAUUUAACUAUUAUUAUAUAUUAACUUUUACUUCUUCUCAUCCAUAUCAAUCAAAUGCACAAAAAAAAAAAAAAUCUACUCAUAAAACAGCUCACCAACUCUUAUAUACUAGAUUUUUUUUCUAUCUUCAAAAAAAGUCAUCCACAAGCACUUUAAAAAUUAUGUUUUCUAAUUCAAGAACAUGCAAACAAAGACAAAAGAAAACACAAAUCACACACACACCUUAUAUACAAGUUGUGGUGGAAAUUAAAUCUUUAGACCCUCCAAACUUCCCUUAUAACUUACAUUAUUCCAACAACAAAAAUGAAACAAGAAAUAGUUUUAAUACAACCCACAAAAAACAAAAUUAUUCUACGUAUAAGUUCCAAUCCAAAACUUCAAUUCUAUAUUGUUGUUUUACAUACUCACACAACAUAAGAUGGGGGUGAAAGAAUUGUUGUUCAUUUGAAGAUUAUAAAUCUCACAUUUUAAUAAUUGUAGCAGAUAAUCUGUCUUGUUAUCAAUAUUAUCAAGUUUCAAACUUUAAAGAGGCUCUUACCCAUUGAUAUCUUUGAGAGUGAGUUCAUUAUCUGUUGUAGCAGGUAAAUUAUCUAAUUUUCAAGAUUACCAAGUUUUGUUGAUAACUUUUCAUAAUAGUAUAUUGGGAUGAUGCUUGUUGUAUCUACACCAUUGAGCUACAAAAAUGAAAGGGGAAAUUAUGAUUUAUUUCAAGAUUUUCCUGAUGGGAAUUUAAUCGACACCAUUGAUUUUGAUGACUUUUUUGAGGGAAUCAACGAUGGAGAUUUGCUGCAAAAUUUGAAAAUCCUUGAUGAAUUUGAUAUUAGCAAGAAUAAUACAACUACUAAUCUAAAUGUGAAAACAAAGUCAAAGGAAAAUGAUAAAUCCAAGAAAUCGUCAAGCCAAAUCAAGAAUCCUGAAGGGAAGAAAAAAGUGAAGGUUGAUUGGACUCCAGAGCUGCACAGGAGAUUUGUAAAAGCAGUAGAGAAAUUAGGUGUGGAUAAAGCAGUUCCAUCAAGACUUUUAGAGCUUAUGGCUACUGAUGGUCUCACUAGACAUAACAUUGCCAGCCAUCUUCAAAAAUAUCGAGCUCAUCGAAAACAUUUAUUAGCAAGGGAAGCUGAGGCAGCAAGCUGGACCCAAAGGAAGCAAAUGUAUGAUGGAGCCAUUGCGAUCGGAGGCGGAGGGAAGAGAGUUAUAAUGAACCCAUGGUCUGCACCACCAACCAUGGGUUUUCCACCCAUGGCUCAUCAUAUUAGACCCUUACAUGUUUGGGGGCAUCCAUAUGUAAAUAAUUCUUUUUGGCAUCCACAUUAUCAAGGAGUACCAAAUUCUCUUGCACCAGGCACUCCUUGCUUUCCUUCACCAACGAGAUUUGCAGCAGCUCUUAUGGUCCCUGGCGUUCCACCACCCUUUGCAUCAGGACAAACUCCACAUUUGCAUCCUACAAAAGAGAGCAUAGAUGCAGCAAUUGAAGAUGUUUUAUCAAAGCCACAAACGCCACUUCCUAUAGGAUUGAAACCUCCAUCAAUUGAUAGUGUGUUGAAUGAAUUACAAUGUCAAGGGAUUACAAAAAUACCUCCAACUUGAUUUUAUAAAAAUAAUAAUUUCAAGGUGAUGAAAUAUUUUUUGGGUGUUUUUCUUGAAGAAAAUUUUAAAAUUCGACGACAUUUCUUGCACUUUAAGUUGUUAGGAUUUAUCCUGAUUUUCUAUUUUAUCUGAUUUUCUAUUAGAACUAGGAUUACUUUUCUUGGUGAAAAGGGUUUCUUUAUUUAGGAGGAGAUUUUAUCUCUAGUUAGUUUUUAUGCUUUUUAAUAUUAGAUUUUAUAUGUACGUCAAUUGGUCAAAUCAUAAAUAAUUAUGUAUUUUAGUUUAAUUUUCUG